CAUAGGAUAAAGUACUACUCCCCUCUUCCUCUGUUUUACCAUUUUCUUACAGACAGAUAUUUUCUUAUCUCUCCGGGUUUUCAAUUUGUUCGAUCGCCUUUGCUUGCCUGCUGCUUAUAUACAUAUAUUUUUUCUUCAAAAAGCGUUUUUACUGAGCUUUUAACACUCUUUGAUACGGAAGGGAUAACGAAUCUUCACGCCAGCGCAAAAUCUCAUCGAAAGUCGCCGUUGGAAAGAGCGCACAAAACCAACUAAGAGAAGAAACAGAGCCCUCACUUUAACAACGGUAAGCAGCCGGAUCCCGAUCAGGAUCCGAAGCUAUUUAACUAUGGCGCCAAGCGGAAUUGCGAGUUUGAUUUGCUGCGAAUCGGAAUUUUUGCCUUGAUCUCGACCGCCGGCGGAUUUUGGGGAGACGAAUUUUGGAUGGUGUGUGCCGCCGCGGGGAGUUGGGGGGUUUUGAAAACAGUGGUUUACUUCCGGUGAGAAACGGUCGCCGGGAGAAGGAAGGAGGAGGUGGAAGAAGAGCUUGAGGAGAUUUACUGCAGUGGAUAGAAAGUAAGUUGCCUUUCUCUCUUUUGCUUUGUUUGUUUCGCGAGGAAAUUUCCCUUCUGGGGAAGUUGAGGGGAAACUUCUGCAGUUACUGCACCAGAAAACGUCAAAAUUUUGGCAACUUUUUUUACUUUCCGGCGCUCUUCCCCGUGAUGGGUAUUUCUGUUUCAAGUUAGCCCAGAUCAAAAUUUUGAAUCUUUGUUGACUGAAUUCUGAUGGGCAGUGUCCAAUUCGAUCAAAGAUGUGAUCUUUAAUGAUUUGUUCUUCCAUUUUCCCCCUUUGCUGUUCAAUAUGCAGGAAAAUGGCCACUCCAGUCGAGCCGCCAAACGGGGUGAGGAUUCAAGGCAAGCAUUACUACUCAAUGUGGCAGACCUUGUUCGAGAUCGACACCAAAUACGUGCCAAUUAAGCCGAUCGGCAGAGGGGCUUAUGGCAUAGUCUGCUCUUCAGUCAACAGGGAGACGAACGAGAAAGUAGCAAUCAAGAAGAUACAUAAUGUGUUCGACAACCGCAUUGAUGCUCUGAGGACUCUCCGCGAGCUGAAGCUCCUUCGCCAUCUUCGCCACGAGAAUGUGAUUGCUUUGAAGGACGUGAUGAUGCCAAUACAUAGGAGGAGUUUCAAGGAUGUGUAUCUGGUUUAUGAAUUGAUGGACACUGAUCUCCACCAGAUCAUCAAGUCGUCUCAGUCCCUUAGUAAUGAUCACUGCCAGUACUUCCUAUUCCAGUUGCUUCGAGGCCUGAAGUAUCUUCACUCAGCAAACAUCCUCCACCGGGACCUAAAACCUGGAAACCUUCUCAUCAAUGCGAACUGUGACCUCAAAAUCUGUGAUUUCGGCCUGGCGAGGACCAGCACAGGCAAGGGCCAGUUCAUGACUGAGUACGUGGUCACACGCUGGUACCGAGCACCUGAACUACUCCUCUGCUGUGACAACUAUGGGACCUCGAUCGACGUCUGGUCAGUAGGCUGCAUAUUCGCUGAGCUACUCGGUCGUAAGCCUCUCUUCCCGGGGACAGAAUGCCUAAACCAGCUCAAGCUCAUCAUCAACAUAUUGGGUAGCCAGAGGGAAGAAGAUCUCGAGUUCAUCGACAACAUCAAGGCGAAGAAGUUCAUCAAGUCGAUUCCUUAUUCACCAGGGACGCCAUUCAACCAUCUGUACCCGAAUGCACAUCCUCUGGCCAUUGAUCUGCUGAGGAAGAUGCUGAUCUUCGACCCUUCGAAGAGGAUAACUGUGACCGAAGCACUGCAGCACCCAUAUUUGUCCCCGCUCUAUGAUCCCACCUGCAACCCUCCGGCUCAGAUUCCCCUCGAUCUGGACAUCGAUGAGGAUUUGGGGGAGGAGAUGAUACGUGAGACGAUGCUGAAGGAGAUGCUGCAUUACCACCCUGAAUUUGCAGUGGGGGCAGCGAGUGCGGGGUUCUGCUUCUGAGUCAGUCUACCCUUGUUUAGUUAGUGGUUCCUUGGUUCUAUUUAUGAUCAUCGUUCUUUGGAUAUUAUGUCUAGUUUUGCUUUGAAUAAUCUCCAGAGAAAAGAAGUACUCUAGUUUGUUGAACCAUGGCUUUGAAUGCCAUUGUAUGGCUAGAAAGACUAUGCCCCUGCUGCUAUUAUUGUUGCUGUUGUUGUUGUACAUAAGAUGUCUCAGUUGUAUUUUGGUCUAAUGAAAAAUAUAUGUUUUC